AUGAAAGAUUAUAUUUUUGAAGAGUUAUUUGAUAAAUGUAAGAAAUUAUAUAUUGAUGAAUGUGAGAAUUGCCAAAUCAUAAUUAAGAAGAAUGAAAAUAAUGAAAUGAAAAUAACAAGAUGUAAAAAUACAGAAAAUACAGGGAAAUUAGAUAAUCUUGAAGAAAUCAUUACAAUAGAUAAUGAAGAAUGUAGUAUUCCAGAAACAAAGAAGAAUAUAAAAGAAGAUAGAGAAAUAAUAGAUAUGAAUAAUGAAAAGAAAGACAUAGAAAUAGAAACAGAUAAGAAACAUGUUAUAAUAAGAAAUGCAUAUGACAGUCGUAUUAAAAUUCAAAGUGACAUUAACAGUGAUAUUACAAUAAAAAACAGUGAGGAUAUAAUAAUUGAAGGAGAAUAUGAAGAAUAUGGAAAUGUCAAAAUGGUUAAAUGUAAAAAUCAUAAAGAAAAACAAGAUAUUGGAUAUGAAACUUACACAAAAAUUGGAUGUGUAAGAUCAUUAUUACUUAACAAAUGUGAAAAUAUUGAAUUUGAAAUUUAUGGAGAUAAAAAGUUAUUAGAAGUUAUUGAUAGUAAAAUGGUAGGUAUUUUAAUAAGAAGAAGUUUUCAUAAUACAGGUGUUGAUAUUGUACGUAUUGAAAAUUCAGAAAUGUCUAAUAUCAGUUCAAGUGAGUUGUGUAACAAAGUACUUAUAACUAAUAGUAGUGGAAUUGAAGGCAUUAUCUCACAAUGUAAAGAAGAACUUGUAUUGAAAAGAAUGAAUGACAUUAGAUUUAGAACAAAUGCAUUUUUGAAGAAAGUUGAAAAUGAAGAGUGUAAAGGAAUUAAUAUUGAGAAUGAUGUUAAAGGAAAAGAUGUUAAAGUGAUAAAAUGUCAUAAUAUGAAGAUAGUUGACACAUCAAAUUCAAUCAAACAGAUUGAUUGUGAUAAUGUUGAAGUAAUAACAGAACAAGAAAAUGAAAUGAUGGGAGGAUUUUGA